GAAUUUAAUGAUGAGAUUGCUUUUGUCUGUUUUCUCGAAUCAUUAUUCCUACGCCAAAGGACGUUUCGUGUCAUUUUCAACUUUAUUUUUGGAAAUUGGAGCGUUGAAUCUGAUACCGUGUAUUGCAACGUGUGGGGUGUUUGGACCGCACGAUGGUUGAUUUCAAAAUUUCCAAUUUCAUUGCAAGAAUAGAUCACUUAAUUCUGCAAGUCUAAGAAUCUCAUUUGUUUUAGAAUCAGAGAUUCAGAGAUUCAAACGAACAGAAAGAGGUAAAUGUUAAACGUGAAGAAGCAACCACUAUUCAUUCAAAUUUAAAGGGAGAAUCAGGCUAAACUCCGUUCAUUCCCGACACUAUUUUGCAUCCACUUCACCUGCGGUUCCAAAGAAACGUUCAAGCUGACUUCUCAAAGAACCUUAGAAAUCAACGAACCAUGGUGAUCCCAAAAUCGUUCAUCUCUCUGUAUCCAAUCCUGAUUAUCUUAGGAAAAGGAUUGUCUGAGCAAGCUUUCAAUGCCAGCGUAAACGAAUCCCAUCCCAUUAUCAGUGAUGAAUUAGAAGUGGAUGACGACGAAGCACGACUUGUGAAAGAUCUAUUCAAGGGCUACAACGAGACUGUCCGUCCAACAGAAGAUAAGCAGUUGCCCAUUGAAGUAAAAUUUGGUAUUGCGUACACACAGAUUGUUGACCUGAUCGAGAAAGAUCAAGUGCUUGUAAGCAACAUCUGGGUCAGAAUGGCAUGGAACAACCAUCUUCUAAAAUGGAACGCUUCUGAGUACGGAGGAAUAAAAACAAUUAACCUGAGUCCACAUAAGGUCUGGCUUCCCGACAUUGUCCUUCACAAUAAUGCGGAGGAAUUGCUUCCAAGUGGAACUCUAUACCUCUUUAAAACCAAAGUGAUCUUGACUUCAGACGGAUCAUGUACGUGGUACGCCCCAACUAUACUUCGCAGUAGUUGCAACAUCGACAUCACUUACUUCCCGUUUGACGACCAGAUUUGUGAGCUUAAAUUCGGUUCCUGGACAUACCACGGACUUGAAGUGAACAUUGUUCAAAUGCGAGAUACAGCAGACCUUAAUUUCUACAUGAAGAGUUCCGAGUUUGAGCUUAUCUCUGCCAAGGCUAAGAGAAACGUAGCCAAGUACAGCUGCUGCCCAGAACCAUAUCCUGACAUAACCUUCUACGUCCAUAUGCGCCGUAUACCUGGCUUCUUCCUCUUCAAUAUCAUCAUUCCUUGUAUGGUGGUCACUUCCUUCUCAGUCCUGACCUUUGCAUUUCCACCGGAAUCCGGCGAACGAGUGACUCUUGUCAUAGAGUCAUUCUUAGCCAUGUCUGUGGUUAUCCUUAAUGUCUCAGAUAGCAUUCCAGUAACAUCAGAUGCUACGCCUAUCAUUGUUAAAAUAUUGCUGGCUGCAAUGUUUCAGAUUGGUGGCACCUUGGUUGCCAACUGCAUAUCCUUGAAUAGUUACAAGAAGACGGAGAUGCCACAGUGGGUUCGAGUAUUCUUUCUUCAUUAUCUGGCGAGAAUGCUGUGCAUCAACACCGGACAUCCAAAAGCUAACGUCAGGUCCACAAGACGAGUGGAUGUUAAGGUGGAGGAAUUUGAAAGCAAUUGCAUCAAGCUGGUGGGAGCAAAAACAUUUAAACCGGUAAACUUGUCACCGAGCAAGCUGCCUGCUACAAUCGCCAAGCCCCCAAGCACCUUGACAAAAAUCACGGAGGGAAUUAGUGAGCUCGCGAGGAGAUCUAAGAAAGAGGAAGACGCUGAACUGGACAGGGAGUUCUGGAUCUUUGUAUCUAAGAUUGCUGAUCGACUCUUUUUAAUAAUUUUCUCUAUGGUUCUGCUUUCCUCGACCGGUGCCAUUCUAGCGCAAAUACCAAUAUACGCAAAUUCCCCAUUUCAAUAAUGUGAAAUUGGGUUAGAAAAAGGUUCAUGUAAACAAGACUCGGAAUUAGGUUAAUCAAACAUCGCCCCAUAGUGCAACUGUCUUAUCCAUGCGCUUAUCUUAGGACAGUGAUCUUUUGUGGAUUUUUAGUAUGAGUCCACAUAACUGGCGUUUAAAAGGAAACUAUAGGAAGUAAAUUAAUUAACUUUUGAGUUUCCCUAUAUCCUCUAUCGAAAGCGACCUGUAUCAUCAAUGGUCAGAUCAAUUGAUCAACUUAGUUGAAUCUUUAGCUAAACUAACAUUAAGUCUGAAUUACACUUGUUGAUUUUAGGUAGACAGUAGUUAAUUACAAAUUAAUAUAUUAAGAAACCCCAUUUUCGGUGAAUAGCGGUUUCUAAAGUUUCCUAUGGUUGAUGACGAUAGCGACUGAUGGGCAAACUAAUAUAUUUAAAACAGUUAAAGUGGUAAAAAUACUCAGCACUCAAUGAAUAAAUUCAAUCAAUAUCCCUCCAGUUAUGAUUGAGUGAACUGGUAACCUAGAAUGCAGUUUACUUUGCUUUCCACAGGUGGUAAGCGCGGGUUUGCUUUAAAAUAUCAAACUGCAUACAGCUAAAAAAUUUCCCUUAUUGUUUUUAUAAAUUCCAGCCAUGCAUUUCCCAGUAUAUUGUACUAACAAUGAAUAUCUCAGAAGUGUAAUCUUUAUUAAGCUGUGAAGUUUUGAAAAUAGAUACGUCGAUGAUUAAAGGGGGAAAGUUUCUAGAGAAACUGUGGUGCUUCGUUAGUGGAGGAGUAUGACAAGAAAAUUUGGUUUCAUCAACUGAGCUGAUCAGCAAGGAGUUUCUAAGCUAGCGUUCGAGCGUCAGCCCUACUUUAUUCGCUCUGACUAAAGGCUUACACAUGAAUGAUUGACCAGUAAUCGCUUAUUUUCUUUUCAUAUGAAAGAAAAACUUGUUUUUUCUUCAUACAUGAAAAAUAAAUUUCGUUUCGAAAAAUUUUCCGACGGUUGACAUUUUCAUGGACACGAAAAAGGUCUCUGAGCAAAGGCUGAACGAGUAACUCAGGUUAUGCAAAUCUGAGUGAUGUAAAAGCUAAUAAAUAAAAUCAAACAUCACUUUACUUUGUAUGCAAUAAAUGAUGGAAGGUAUGAUGAUGUCUGUGAAAAUAAUUGCAUAUGAGUGGCUCUGAUGCUAUGAAUAAUUUACUAAUGGCCCAUUCUUUUUAUAUAUUUCAAUCAGAGAGCCCCCCCCCCCCCCUUAUUAAUGUCCUUGUACCAUGGGCGGUCUUAUGGAUUUGUAGGAUUUAGUAGGAGAAGAUAUUGUAUCCUCAAUUCAGUCACUGAAUUCUUAGUUAAGUUGUAUCAUAAUUGAAAUCUACGGGUCAACGAUCCUAUAUAAAGGAAAAACUCGUAACAUGCCUGUCAGGAGGAAAGAGUAAA